CUUUUCGAGUAAAGAUUAUGGUUAAAAAUAUUUCAAAUAACUUUAUCAACUCAACUGCAACUACAAGUGGACUUACAAUCCUUUAUCAGUGUCAAAAUAAAACUUGUAUUAAGUUAUGUCACCUCAUCCGGACUUUCAAAAAUAUGUUGGUUCCUAUUUAAUAAGCCAUCAAAUUAAUCGGAAUAAAUUGGUUGGUGUUCAACCAAACCUUGUUAAUGGAAAUAAUGUUCACACCAGUGGUAACUUGACCAACAUCAAGCAAACCCAUUCAAGUUCAACUUCAUGUUUCCUACCAAUUGGUGGUCCAUCAACUGGCAACGGUGUUGGAGUGAUUAAAAAUGGUAAUACAAUUGGUGGAUACAAUGAUCACCAUCAUCUUGUCCACCAUAUUCACCAUCAACCGCCAACAUCACCACUCGUCUUUAACCGAUCAAAUGGAUUACCAUUGGAUUCACCAGUUUCAUCCUCACCAGGAGGAUCACCUUCAAACCAAGCAACAGCAGCAGUAAUUGCUGCAGCCACAGCCAUGGCCACUGCAAACAUGAAACGGUUAAAUGGAACCGGUGAACACAUGAUUGUUAGUUCAACCUCAAAUGCCCACCAUUUCCAUCAUAGACCUCACAUGCACUCAUAUACACCACCCUUGGGCACUCCACCGAACCAGUCUCCUCUAACCGGAAUCUUACCCGGACCCUAUGUUGGAGGGUGUUGUGAUCAUUUGGCUAAUGGUGCCUCACCACCUGGAUCCGUUUGUAAAUGCUGUGGAGGUGUUCAGGUUAACCCUUGUGGCAGUAACAAUGCUAUUAACGGAGGUUCACUUGGAGGCGGAGGUGGAAACAAUCAAAAUUAUGUUACUAAUUAUGCUUGGACUGGAGUACCUCUGAUCAAUGUUUCAAAUGCAAGUUACAAUUACCGUAAUCGAUCUCAUGCACAGUCACCUGUUUGGGCUAAAACAAACCCUCCAGGCAGAGAUGAGCAAUCAACAUCAUCAGACCCGUUAUCAUUAACAUCAUCUUUAUCAUCAUUAUCAGCAACAAAAACAAAACCAUCAUCAGGAAUGAAAGAAGGAGGCCAUAAUGAAUUGAAUGAAACCGAUGAAUCCGUUAUUGAAACUAACCAAUCGCCCGAUUCUUCAAUCCAUGUUAUUGAUGAGAAUUGCGCAAAUUUUGUAUCUAAUUUAAUUAAACCUGAAUCGGUAAGCAAUAACAAGCAGGGUGAAGAUGAUGUGGUCAAUGGUGAUAAUGAGACCAGGGAGCAAUCAGGUUGCUUGAGUGGUUUGAAAAGUUUUGCUUCUCUAACCAUUAGUGAAGAAAAGGUUGAUUCUGUUGAAAAUUCCCAAAUUUUCAAUGUUCCCUGUCGAUUAAACUUGGACAAUCGGGAAUCAAGUUGCGAUUCCAUCUAUCUAUUGGAUGGUAAAGGAAUCAAUUGUGAAAUUGAUAAUUCAAAUUGUCCACCAAUUGAUCCAUUAGCAAGCAACUCGUCGGGUUCAGAAUCGCCUGAAGAACGAAACUGUUUAAACAAUUCAUUUGAAGAGUUGCCCAUUAAUACUUUUAGAGCGCUUUUGUCUGAUGGUCUAAAUAUGGGUUCUGAAGAUUCUUCAGGUAAUUCUGAAAAGAGUUUACCUCGAGUAAUUAAACCACGAAAACGGCGUAAAAAGGAUCGUAAGAAUGUUCAACAACAAGAACAACAACUUUUAUUGUUACUUAAACAGCAACAACAACAAAAGCAAAAUGAAUCAACAAACGGAAUACUUGGAAAGCCAAUUGACUCAAUAAGUGUUGAUCACGUUGCUUCAGCUGGUUACCCAUCAACUUAUCUCAUGCCUUCUGGUUCAUCGUGUUCAGGACGUGACACUAUGCAUUAUAUACCAUUCAUGUUGACCUACGGCCAAACAGGUUAUCCAUUUAGUGGAACUCCUGCUCACUCUGCCCCUGUCCAUGCAUCCAAUACAAGUAAUGUUGCCUCAUCGGCACCGGGUUACACUCAUCAUGCAAACCAUUCAAGCUCAAGUAACGGAAGUCAACAACAGUUAAGCAAUUACGGAUUAAACUAUUCUACUGAUCUCAUUUUGCCUUCAGGUUGUGGGUACGGUUUAGAUGGGCCAAACAACAACAACCGCUGUAAAAGUGCAAUUCAAACUACAAAGAAAAACUGUGAUAAACUAUUUUACGUAAACAACAAUAGUCCAUCUUCGUCGCCGUUGCCACCUUUAUCCAGUAAAGGUACUUUCCAUCAUAAUCAUCAUCAAGAAGCACUUUCACAUUUGCACCAACACUCACAGAAUCUCCCAUCUUUUUCAACCUUACCCUCCACUUGUCACAACCUAACAUCCGAUUGUCGAUGUUUGGAUUGUCUGUCACCAUUAAUCUCUUCGCGUUCAUCUUCGGCUUUCCUCACUCCUCCAAUGUCACCCUUGGUUGAUGUUGGUACCUUUCAUCAUCACCAUCUUCACCAUCACCAUAUGCAACAACAAAAGCAACAAAAGUUCACCUCUCAAGGUAACUCUUAUGAAUCUGAGAUGCAGCAACAUCUUUGUGAUAUUAAACUAUCUGAAGCUGCUCACAAUCCUGAACUUGAAUUUCGCACAAGAAUUGUUACAAACCCAAGUGGUGGUCGAGAUCUAGAGAUUAAAUUUCUCAACCUUUCCGGUAGUCGGCAAGUUUCAUGGAGUCAAAAUGACCCUCUAUCCUCAUCUCCAUCUCUAUCACCUUAUUUGACCUCAGAAGACUCAAAUUCAGGUUUCUCUAUCAACAGUUACGAACUUAAUCAUACACGACCUCCUCAACGGCCAUGGAUAUCUUUAGGAACACCAGAUAGAAGUCGAACAACAUCUAUUUUCACUGUAAUGUGUUACAAUGUUCUGUGUGACAAGUAUGCAACCCGACAAAUGUACGGCUAUUGUCCUAAAUGGGCCAUGAAAUGGGAAUAUCGUCGAGGAAGUAUCCUUAAUGAGAUAAGAACGUAUACAGCUGAUAUAAUAUCUCUCCAAGAAUUGGAGACUGAACAGUUCUACAAUUACUUUUUACCCGAAUUGAAAAGAGAUGGUUACGAUGGUAUAUUUUCACCCAAAUCUCGGGCCAAGACAAUGUCUGAGAAUGAAAGGAAACACGUUGAUGGCUGUGCGAUUUUUUACAGAACAAGCAAGUUUACUUUGCUUAAAGAACAUCUUGUUGAGUUCAAUCAACUAGCCAUGGCCAAUGCUGAAGGUUCAGAUGAUAUGCUUAAUCGUGUGAUGACCAAGGAUAACAUUGGUUUGGCUGCCCUCCUACAAACCAAAGAAGGAGCCUUUGAACCGGGCAUAUUGUCUGAUCCUUCUCAAGCCCUUCACCCGAUUCUGGUUUGUACAGCGCAUAUUCACUGGGACCCCGAGUAUUGUGACGUUAAAUUGAUUCAAACAAUGAUGCUCAUGCAUGAGCUUAGACAGAUUGUUGAAGAUUCAGCCAUAGCUUUUCGACCUGGUGCAUCUAAACCUGAUGCCAACAACGUUCCACUAAUUUUAUGUGGUGAUUUAAAUUCACUACCCAAUUCGGGUGUCAUUGAGUAUCUUUCCAAUGGCCGUAUCUCAGCAGAGCAUGCUGACUUCAAGGAAUUGGGCUACAAAGAUAGCUUAAAGAAACUUGGAAUAACUUCUGAUAACAAAACUGAAUAUCUCCAUCCUUUUAAAAUUAAUCGGGCUUAUUCAGAUGAUGUUAUGCCCUACACAAAUUAUACAUUUGAUUUCAAAGGAGUCAUCGACUAUAUCUUUUACUCUAAGCAACACAUGUCGGUUCUUGGAUUACUUGGGCCACUUGACGUUGAAUGGUUUAAGGAAAACAAAGUUGUCGGAUGUCCUCAUCCUCAUGUACCUUCGGAUCACUUCCCACUUAUCGUUGAAUUCGAGCUGACACCGCCAGCCAUGAAUCAUCUACAACAUUCUAACGGAAUCCUUCUUCGGAGAUAAUCAUGCAAGGAGCGACUAUUUUUAUAAAAAUACAAAACAAAACUAAACCGAAAUAAGCUUCGUUCAUACCAUCAUUCAAUCUUUCCAUAAUCAUCACCCAAGCCUCUUCUUUUUCCUCCUCACAUGUAUUUCCCCUGAAAUCGUCUUGUAAUCCUUUCUCUCUCUCUCUACCUUAUCUUUCUUCCUCUGUCUCUUCCUCAGUCUCUUCCUCCCUUUCCUCCUUCAUCAUCCGACAUUUUUUGUCAACCAUCACAUUAUAAAAAAAGAAAAAAAAACUAAUUCAAUUACAAAUCAUUUCUUUCCCAAGAAACAAUUUUGCUCCGAGAACAUUUUAUUUUUCUAUUGAAUUAAUUUUUCUGUUUUGUUUUGCCUUUCCCUUCUUACAGAAUGAGAAACUCUUCGAGAGCAAAGAAAUGAAUGAAAAAAGCUAUCAUUCGCAAUUGUAACAAACCAAUCGAACGGGUUAUUCCUAUCAAUCAAAGCUGUAUCAACUUUUGGUUAAUCAAAGAAAAGAUUGAAUCUUAAA